AUGGUUCAAGAGGGAAUAGUCUUGAGACAUAGAGUAUCGGCAAAGGGGAUAAAGGUGGAUAAGGUAAAUUUCAGGUUUUACAGGAGGUUUAUAAAGGACUUCUCCAAAAUCACCAAGCCUCUGUCCAACUUGUUAAUGAAAGAGGUAUCUUUUGAGUUUGAUGAGGUAUGUUUGAUAGCGUUCAAUACUCUGAAGGAAAAACUCACAACAGCGCCUGUGAUUGUGUCACCUGAUUGGGAUUUGCCCUUUGAGCUAAUGUGUGAUGCGAGUGAUGAUGCAGUUGGUACGGAUGCUAAGCCGAGAUUGAUCCGUUGGAUAUUGUUGUUGCAAGAGUUCGAUAUUGAGAUCAAGGAUAAAAGGGCACUACUGCUGCAAAGAUACUACAGUCGGGUUUCUACUGGCCUACUUUAUUCAGAGACACAUUCGAACUUCAUGGGACCUUUCCCCCCAUCGUACUCAAAUCAAUAUAUCUUGGUGGCCGUUGACUAUGUCUCUAAGUGGGUGGAAGCCGUUGCAUUGCUUACUAACGACACGAAAGUGGUGAUAGAGUUCUUGAAGAAGUACAUAUUUACAAGAUAUGAUACACUAAGGGCAAUAAUAAGUGAUGGAGGCAAACACUUCAUAAAUCGUCAAUUAGAGCAGCUGUUGAACAAAUAUGGGGUGAAACAUAAAGUAGCAACUCCAUAUCAUCCACAAACCAAUGGGCAAGUUGAAGUUUCGAACAGACAGUUAAAGAGAAUACUGGAAGUUACAGUGAAUUCAUCCCGAAAAGAUUGGUCUAAGAAGCUUGACGAUGCACUUUCUAGACUCAAACUCUUCCCAGGAAAGCUAAGAACAAGGUGGUCGGGUCCCUAUACCAUAACUAAGGUGAUGCAGUAUGGGGCUAUUGAAGUGAGUCACGAGACCAAAGGCACUUUCAUCGUCAAUGGGCAAAGACUGAAACACUAUUGGGGCUGUAAUUUCCCUAAGCAGAAGUCCACUGUGCAACUCAACAACCCAACAUGA